AUGGCAAAGGUGAAAGUUCAGGAGCAUAUCCAUCAGCAGCCUGUCACAAAGGACGAUCUUGGGAGAUACAAUUUACAGCCUCCAGAAAUCUACCCUUGUGCGAUUGGAUGGUGUCCAGCUUUGCUGGAAUCGGAGAGGGAGGUUCAUUAGAGACAGCAAGGGGCAGAACCUGGAUUGGAAUCUAGACAGUCUAACUCCAGAACUGGCACUUUUAGCUCAGGCACAAGGCUCCAUACUCUGGUCAUGGAGGAGCCAUCCACCCCUCCAGCCAGAAGUCCCCUUUUCCUGCAUCCAUGGCCAGGGCCCUGGAUCUCACCUGUCAAUGCCCCAUGCUGGCUUGAUGUCUCAGUUCCGGAACAGAGCUGCUGCAGCUGCUACCUAGGAAGGCUCUGGCCAAAAUAUUUAGUUAGCAGCCAUUCAGUUAAGUGGAAUUGA